GCGCGCUGCGGCUUCCGCAAACUAUUAAACGUAGUGCACUCUCACAUUUUUUUUCAGCGGAAAAGCUUCCCGCAGUGACAUCACAAGUGUCAUAUCAGGAAGUUUUUGCUUUGGCAUUGUAUCUUUAAUGUUAACUUGGCUGGCUAAUUUUAGCCAGAUCCGAAUGCGGAAGUUGAAAGGUUGCGGGUUCGCAGAAUCAGUAUCCAUACGCUAGUGUGAAGAGGCGCCAUUUACUGAUCAGAAACAUCCAAGAUGGCGGCCGAGACGGAAUUGAGUUUGGAGAGCAGUCUAACUGCGAUGGACUGGCUACCGAGAUUGACGGUCGGAGGUGCUCUCAACGGGGGUGGAAUCCCCGGUAAGAACCAGCAAGGACGGAACGCACUUGUGGACCAAAGCAAAGGAACGAUACCCAUGAGAAAGUCCCCCAGUUCGCCUCACGACACGAGCGCUGUGUGGGACGAAUCGCAGCAAGCGGCGAAGGACGGCAAACCCCCGUACAGUUACGCCAAUCUCAUCACAUUCGCCAUCAACAGCGCGCCUCAAAAGCGAAUGACCUUAAGCGAGAUUUACCAGUGGAUAUGUGACAGUUUUCCUUACUACAGAGACGCAGGCAGUGGUUGGAAGAACUCAAUCAGGCACAACCUAUCAUUGAACAAGUGUUUCAUGAAAGUAGCCAGAUCGAAAGAUGACCCGGGAAAGGGUUCUUACUGGGCCAUUGACCAGAAUCCCCAGGAAGACAGCCUCCCGACCAGACAAAAGCUGAGAAAAAGGAGAAACAGUGAUCGGUCGUCACCGUACAGUCCUGACGACAGUCUACACAGCUCCGGGGGAAGCAUACAGGGUGUGAUAUCGCCCACGCUCGCCCAAAUCAACCGUGUCAACAUCCCAAGUCAAGCUGCCCAACUUCAACAACAGUUGCAGAUAUUACAAUCGCAGCAGCAGCAGCAGCAACCAGGCCAAGAUGUCGGGACCAAGUUAUUUGAAUCCAACCCCAACAUCGAGGAUCUCAGUGCCUCCUUCAGGAGCUUAUAUAAAUCAGUAUUUGAAAGUUCUAUGAAUGGCCCAUUGUCACAGUUUCAUCAGGUGGAUAGUGCAACUGCAUCCCCACAGCAAUCGCUGGUAGGCUCGCCCAACGGGAGCCAGCUGCAGCAAUCACAGCAAUACCUAGGUAACCUAAGUCUCAACAGUUCCAACCUAGACUGGCUACAGAAUCUCGAUCUCCUGAAAGAGAGCGUCCGGACGGCCAAUUGGAACGAUGUUGAUGUGUCCCAGUUCCAAGGUAUAAGACACACUGCAAUGUUUUCAGGUUUGAUGGAGAGUAUGAAGCAAGCUGACCUCAAGAAUUGGUCCCUAGCACCAGAACAAUUCGCAGACCUUGCUUCCUCACUCAGUCAAUUCUUCCAACAGACAGGCCUACUGUCACAGAGUUUGGGCGGUCUGUCGGCCUCGUCAGCUGCAACAGGGAGUGGUUUUAACAGCAGCCAACAUUCAAACUACUCCAACUCCACCACGGGCGGCCACUCCUCCAUCAUGGGCUCGCCGAACCUACUCAGUCCCGACAACAGCGCCACUUCCCUGGGUCUAUCACCCCACGGUCUCUCCCCUCACCAUCAGUUAUCAGUCAGUCCAAGGCACCAGACUACCAUGCAGCCGCCAAGAACGCAUCAGGUCCCCACUGUGCACGUUCAGGCAGUUCCCAGUUACACAGCGGAGGAGGAGGAAGACACGUUUGAUUGGGAUAGCAUAGUAUGAAUAUUGACUGCUGGGGGAUAGCAUAGUAUGAAUAUUGACCGUUGGGGGAGAUAGUCAAAGCCAGGCCAAUCAUGAUAGGUACAUAUUAGGAGGAGGAAGAUCAUUUGAUUGGGAUAGCAUAGUAUGAAUAUUGACUGCUGGGGGAUGGCAUAGUAAAAAUAUUGACUGCUUUCGGGGGAGAUAGUCAAAAGCCAGGCCAAUCAAGAUGCAUAUUAAGAAGAAGACCAUUUGAUUGGGAUAUCGUAGUAUGAAUAUUGACUGCUGGGGGAUAGCAUAGUAUUACUAUUGACCGCUUUUGAGGAGAUAGUCAAAAGCCAGGCCAAACAGAUAGGUUCAAAAUAGGAGGAAGACACAUUUGAGUGCGAUAACAUCGUAUGAAUAUUGACCACUGGGGUAUAGCAUAGUAUUACUAUUGACUUCUGAGGGAUAGCAUAGUAUGAAUAUUGACUGCUCUGGAGGAGAUAGUCAAAGUCAGGGUAGUAAUGAUAGGUACAGCAUUUAAAAACAGAAGAUCCAUAAAGAAAAGAAGUAACUGCCUUAAAAAAAACUACUACAGUUAAAAUUGAGUACAUUGUGAUAAAAGCAAAGCAUCAAUGAGUUUAGUCACGUUCCAAGACUGAAGUUUGAUUUUGUUCUCUUUAAGUCACUACUAUCAACAAGAUAAAUAAAAGCUUAUCUUGGGAACUUUGGCGCUGGGAGGCAAGAAAUUCUAAGUGAGCAUACCUUGUGUGUGCAUAAGCUUGAAUAAAGCAGCCUGAGGCAUUCUUGGAAUUUCUCGGAUCCCAGCGCCAAUGUUCCCAAGAUUUUAUUCAUCUUGCCAACAGCCCCCUCUACCGCUGCAGCAGCUUGACCAGAAAGUCAACCAAUCAUCUCGUUCAUAUGAUUACUCCUCCAUCGUGGUUGGGCUGGCUUUAAUAUUAGUGAUUUUUAAUUUCAUGUACAUAAGAUUUCUUUUUUGUGUGUGUGGGUUUUGUUUUUUAAUGAAAGGAUAUUUUGUUACCAUGGUAUUAAGGAGAUCAGAGCCAUAUCGUUGUUAUUGAAGGAUUGCUUGUGAACUUUCAGGAGUUUAUUUUAUUCAAAGAAUAUAAUUAAAUUGUUCCAACCACUUUUUGUUUUUGUUUUGUUUUGUUUUGCAGAGGUCUUAAGCUGGGCAUUUCAUUUUCGGAAUUUUAUUUUGUACAAAAGCACAAAGACAAUUCAAUUCCUGAGCCACAAAGCACAAAUCUGCAUGUCCAAUUUGUCAAAAAAAAUCAACAAAUAUAGUUAGUAAUGAAUGAAAGGUUUGCAGAAACACCAUGUGGGAAUGAUUUCUCAAAUUAAGAGAA